AUGUCAUCAGGCCGAAUAGCACAUAAUAUCUCAGCAGCAGAGAUUCGCCAGAGUUAUCAGCAACGAAUUGCUGAAGCUGGCCAACAAGAGGAAGAUUUCAUUCCUCAAGACGACGAGGAGGACGCGGUGGCAGAAGAAGUUGAGGACGGGGACUCCGAGGAAGUUGUGACAACUAGCAGAAAACGGACUCGCCGAAAUGCAGCAACAGAAAAGGCCAAAAAGAAACAGAAGGCUAACAUCGACAACGGCGACGAUGAGUUCGGGGAGAUGAUGUACCAAAAGAAGAAAUCCCUUCCGGGACAGCUAGCAAAUUGCGAAAUCUGCAGCAAGCGAUUUACUGUGACCCCCUACAGCAAGACGGGGCCUAAUGGCGGCCUGCUUUGUGUGCAGUGCUCCAAGAAACAGACAGCAGAAGACAAGAAAGCCAAGGCAAAGGCCCGCAAACCAACGAAAAGGACCCGCCGCCAAAAUUUUAGUAAGCUCCUGGAUGGCAUUGCCCAGCGAGGUGCAUUUAGCCUCUUGGAACUGUGUAUUAAGAAAGUUGCGGAUAAUAUACAUGAUAUUGAAGAAUUCGGAGACCUCCCACCGGUGCUGCUGCACCGUUUGAGCCAGAUUCUCUCCAAGAGGCGUGCUUUGACACCAAGAACACUGGAUCUUUUUCUUCGCCGCGAUGUUAAAUGCAUUGAGAUUUUUGAUUGUGCCAAACUGGAAACCGAGCAUUUUCAGAAGAUUUUUACGUUCAUGCCCGCCCUUGAAAAGGUCAAUCUUCGCUUUGCUGGCCAGUUGAAAGAUCCUGUCAUAGAGUAUAUAAUGGAACGGGAGUGCCAUAUUAAGGAGUUGCAGUUGGAUUCCGCCAAUCUGAUAUCUGAUGGCUGCUGGCAAAAGUUCUUUGAAACCUGUGGAUCUAGGCUAGAGAGCCUGAAGCUGUCUAACCUAGACUGUUCUAUGGGAGACCAGAUGGUGAGGCACAUGGUGCAGCACUGCCCGAACCUGCGGCGCUUGAAGAUCCGCGACUGUUGGAGGCCCAGCAACGACUCAGUGCUCGCGAUCUCAAUGUUGACGCACCUUGAGCAUCUUUCCCUGAACCUGAUGCAGGAAGUCUCCAUGGAGGCGCUGCAGACGCUCGUCUUCAACGUCGGGCCCAAACUGAAGACCUUAUCACUGCAGGGGUUCAAGCUGGCAGAUGAUCUGCUGCUGGACACGAUUCACCAACGGUGCAGCCGGCUGAGUAAGUUCCGGUUCUCGGACAAUGCGGUGUGUCUGGACAGGGCGUACGCGGCGCUCUUCACGGGAUGGCAGAACGCGGGGCUGCGGGUGGUGGACGUGUCGCGGGCGCGGCACCUGGACAGCUUGACGCCGGAUGGGCCCGAGACGGCGAUUGGGCUAGCGUCGGCGGGCUUCCAGGCGCUGAUGCAGCACUCGGGCGACAGGGUGGAGCGACUGGACAUCAGCUCGUGCCGGCAUGUGUCGUUCGCGGCGUUUUCGGCGGUGUUCGACGGGAGCCGCACGUACCCCAGGCUCCGGGAGAUCGACGUGUCGUUCCACACGAUCGUAGACGACUUCCUGGUGAACAGCAUGGUGCGGUGCUGCCCGGCGCUGGCGAAGGUGACGGCGUUUGCAUGCUUCAACAUCCGCACGCCCCAGGUACCGGCGGGAGUGGCGCUGAUUGGUGGCGUGAACGCCAACAGCUUGCUGGAGACCGUGUGA